UUGAAAAAAAAAAAAUAACCAUGAUAUUUUUCGUAGCGUUAAUUUCAAUUCUUUUAGUGAUAUCACCAUGGUUAUGGAUAUCAUGGAAUUAUGAAAAGGAUCUUUCGUUAACGAAUGAAAUACCGACAAUCAAUAAUUUAAUAAAUAAUUCAAUAGAUAUUUGUUCAAUAAGUGAUAUAAAAUAUGACUGUGGAUAUUUUGGUAUAACACAAGAACAGUGUGAAGCAAGGUUUUGUUGUUGGCGUCCAUCGAAAAAUCCAGAAGAUAAUUGGUGUUUUUAUAAGAAAGGGGAUUCAUAUUCUUGUGAUAUUGACCCUGCUACAAGAGUUGAUUGUGGAUAUAUGGGUAUUCAGAAGGAUGAAUGUGUUAACAAUUUAAAUUGUUGUUGGAAACCCACAGAUGUUAUCGGCGGAAAUUAUUGUUAUUAUAUGACGCAACCAUGUAAAGGUUACAAAGUAGUUAAUAUUGAAAAACGGCAUAAUGAUCGCGUCCUUAUCGCGAAUCUUGAAUUGAAUGGAAUUGGAUGCGGCCUUUAUGGACAAGAUUCAAACCAUCUGAAAUUAUUAGUUGAGUAUGAAACUAAGGAUCGGUUGCAUGUAAAAAUAUAUGAUCCAAAUGAGCAGAGAUUUGAAAUACCGGAAGAAAUUGUUCCUAUACCAGAAUCAGAACCAAUAACUGAUGAUAUGCUUUAUACUUUUGUAUAUAAUAAAAGUCCAUUCACCUUUUCAGUUGCACGAACUAGUACGGGAGAAAAGAUCAUUGAUACUAAUGUUCCUGGAAUGAAUACAUUAGUUUUUGAAGAUCAAUAUAUGGAAAUUUCUUUUAAACUACCACAAGAUCCAUUCAUUUAUGGAUUAGGUGAAGUGGUAGAUACACUUCGGAGAAAUCCUCGUGGAACUUUUCAUACUAUUUGGACUAGAGAUGCUGCAACUCCUAUUGCAGAAAAUAUUUAUGGAGCUCAACCAUUUUAUAUGGAAAUGAGAAAUGGUACUGCUCAUGGUGUGUUUUUGAGAAAUUCAAAUGGAAUGGAUAUAGCCAUCACUCCAGGAAAUCCCACUAAACUGAAUUGGAAAGUCAUAGGAGGAGUUUUUGAUUUUUAUAUAUUUCUUGGACCAACACCUUCAGAUGUUAUUGCUCAAUAUACGAAGAUAAUUGGGAGACCGUCGCUUCCACCAUAUUGGGCUCUUGGAUAUCAUCAAUGUAGAUGGGGAUAUAGUAAUUUGACAAUGUUAGAAAAUGUGGUGUCAGAGUUUAAAUCAAACAAUAUUCCACUCGAAACAAUUUGGUCAGAUAUAGAUUAUAUGGAAAAUUUCAAGGAUUUUACAUGGGAUUCCGUAAACUUUCCACGUCACGAAAUGAAAAAUUUUGUUAUGAAAUUACGUGAGAACGAACAACAUUACGUUGUUAUUGUUGAUCCUGGUAUUAAAAUUGAGGCGGGAUAUCACCCUUAUGAAGAUGGUGUCAACAGAAAUGUUUUCAUCAAGAAUUCAAGAGGAAAAAAUAUUGUGGGACGAGUUUGGCCAGGACUUACAGUGUUUCCUGAUUGGUUCAACAAGGAUACCCUUAAUUAUUGGGGGGAUAUGUUUGAAAAUUGGUUAGGAGAUGUUGCAGUUGAUGGAAUAUGGAUAGAUAUGAAUGAGCUUGCUAGUUGGUGUCGAGGAGAAUGUGUGAAUGACGAAGAAACAAAUUCGGGUGUUCAAUCAUCACAAUAUGUAGGUGAUCAAAACAACUAUAAUCAAUCUCGUAAACUAAGAAAUUCCCCAUAUAAGAUUAAUAAUGGGGGUAUAAGGUUACCUUUGGAUGAUAAUGCAUUAUCAAUGGACGCUAUCCAUAAUAAUGGGUUUUUGGAAUACGAUGUUCAUAAUUUAUAUGGUCAUAUGGAAAGUAUGAUUACAUAUGAUGUAUUGUCAAAGAGAAUUAGGAAAGGAAAGAGACCAUUCAUUAUCACUAGAUCUACUUUCGCUGGUACUGGUAAAUAUGCUGGACACUGGACCGGUGACAAUUGGUCAAAUUGGGAUCAUCUAUACAUGUCUAUUCCUGGUCUUUUGAACUUUCAGUUAUUCGGAAUUCCAUUUGUUGGUGCAGAUAUAUGUGGAUUUAAAGAAGCCGUAACUGAAGAAUUAUGUUUAAGAUGGAUGCAACUUGGAUCAUUUUAUCCGUUUAUGAGAAAUCAUAAUGGAUUAGAUGAAGCAAGUCAAGAACCAUAUUUAUGGCCUUCAGUAGCAAAAAUAUCACGAAAAUUUAUAAAUAUAAGAUAUUCUUUAUUAUCAUAUUAUUAUACAUUAUUUUAUGAGUCACAUAAAAAAGGGUUAACAGUAUGGAGACCAUUAUUCUUCGAGUUUCCAUUAUCAAAAAGUUCAUUAUUAAUUGAUAAACAAUUCAUGAUUGGAUCAGGAUUAUUAUUAUCACCAGUUUUAUCAUCAAAUGUUGAUGAUGUUAUAGCUUUAAUACCACCAGGAUUAUGGUAUGAUUUUUAUUCAAAUAAAUUUAGUUAUAAUAUAACUAAUCCUGAUGGGGAGUAUGUUAAUUUAUCAGCACCAUUAGAUAUUUUACCUAUAUUAAUUAGAGGUGGACAUAUUUUACCUAUGCAAUAUCCUGAAUUAACAACUGCAGCUACUAAAAGAAAUAAUUAUUAUUUAAUUAUUGCAUUAGAUGAAGAUGAAUAUGCUAAAGGAACUCUUUAUUUGGAUGAUGGGGAAAGUAUUGAUGUUGGUAAAAAUUUCACUUAUUUAACUUUUAUAGUUAAUGAUGAUACGUUAAUAUUACGAUGUGAUAUUGAAUCUCCUCAUAAGAAAAGAUUAUAUAAAAGAGAAGAAAAUCAAAAUGAGUAUAAUAAUGAUAUAAUGGAUAUAAUGGAUGUGGUUAUAAUAAUAUCAAUUCAAAAUUGGAUAAAAUUAUUAUAAUGGGAAUUUUAAAGAAUAAAAAUAUUGGAAGGAUUUUAUUUAAUGGAAAUUAUAUUAAAGAAUAUCAAAA